AUGGCGGAUUACCUUCUCUUCGAGAGCCCCAUGGGCUACUCGCUCUUCAAGGUCUCUCUUCAGGGCGACGCCGUCGGCAACCGCCUGAAGGAGGUCCAGGCUGGCGUCAAUGAUCUUGCUAAGUUCGGCAAGAUGAUUGAUCUUGCCAGUUUCUUGCCCUUCGAAAACAACAAGCAGGCCCUUGGUGAAAUUAACGACGUUUCCGAAGGCGUCGCAUCUGAGACUCUCGUUUCAUUCCUGGAUUUGAAUUUGCCUAAGCCCAGCAAAAAGAAGAAGGUGGUCCUCGGUCUUCUCGACAAGGGCCUUGCCGGUAGCAUCAAAUCCGCUUUCUCCUUCGUCGACUGCGAGACCGGCGACACCAGCGAAGUUGUUCAAGAUCUUCUCCGUGGUAUUCGCUUGCAUUUCCCGAAACUGCUGAGCCAACUUCGAGAGGGCGACAUGGACACUGCUCAACUUGGUCUUGGUCACGCCUACUCUCGUGCCAAGGUCAAGUUUUCUGUUCAGCGUGACGACAACCACAUUAUCCAGGCCAUCGCUAUCCUCGAUCAACUCGACAAGGCGAUCAACACCUUCUCCAUGCGUGUCCGUGAAUGGUACUCUUGGCACUUCCCCGAGUUGUUCAAGAUCGUUUCCGACAACCAGCGCUAUGCUCAGGUCGCUCUCUUUGUUCAGGACAAGAAGAGCCUGACCGAUGAGAGCCUGCACGAUCUUGCCGCUCUGGUCGAGGACGACAAGGAUGUUGCUCAGAGCAUCAUUGAUGCCGCAAAGCGCAGUAUGGGUCAGGAUAUUUCUGAAUCCGACAUGGAGAACGUCAUCGCCUUCGCCGAGCGCGUCGUCAGCAUUUCUAAGUACCGCAAGUCUCUCUACCAGUACUUGGUUUCCAAGAUGAGUGUCGUUGCACCCAACCUUGCGGCGCUGAUUGGUGAGAUUGUCGGUGCUCGCCUGAUCUCCCACGCUGGUAGCUUGACCAACCUGUCCAAGUACCCUGCCUCUACCGUUCAGAUUCUCGGUGCCGAGAAGGCUCUUUUCCGUGCCCUGAAGACCAAGGGCAACACUCCCAAGUACGGUUUGCUGUACCACUCCUCCUUCAUUGGCCGUGCCGGUCCCAAGAACAAGGGUCGCAUCUCCCGAUUCCUCGCCAACAAGUGCUCGAUCGCUUCCCGUAUCGAUAACUUCUCCGAGAGCCCGACUACCAAGUUCGGUGAGGUUCUGAAGCAGCAAGUCGAGGAGCGCCUGGAAUUCUACUCUACCGGUGCUGCACCCACUAAGAACGAGGUCGCUAUGAGAUCCGCCAUGGAUGCCGUCCUUGCCGGCAUCGACGUCGAUGUUGAUGACAGUGACGCCGAGAUGGAAGAUGCUGACGUCAAGAAGGAGAAAAAGGAAAAGAAGGAAAAGAAGGAGAAGAAAGAGAAGAAGGAGAAGAGCGACAAGAAGAAGAAGCGCAAGUCCGAUGUGGGCGAGGGCGAGUCUGAGAAGAAGAAGAAGCGCAAGCACGAUGCUGACACUGAGCCUUCAAAGAAGAAGCAAAAAGCAUAA